CGUGAUUGCCAAGUCAAGCGUAGUCCUCUCUAUCCUCGCCACCCGUUGCACUUGAGCACUGAACACAGCAUGGAGCCCAAAACCUACCAGUUUCUCGUGGGCAUCUUCGCCUCGCUCGGAUCGGCCCUGUUCGGCUACGAUCUGGGUGUAAUUGCCGGUGUCAUUGGAAGUGACAGCUACAUAAACCAGUUUCAGCCUGAAGCCCCUCAAAAUGGCGGCGUCGUCGCAACCUUUACUGCUGGUGCCUUUGUUGGUGCCGGUCUCGCCGGCCCCUCCGGUGAUAAGUUCGGUCGUCGCCUAACCAUCAUGGCCGGUGCCAUCAUCUUCCUCGUCGGAGGCGCUCUCCAGACAGCUGCUCAAACCCUCAACUACCUCUACGCCGGCCGUCUCAUUGCUGGUGUCGGUGUCGGUUUCCUGACCAUGAUUAUCCCCGUCUACCAGUCUGAGAUCGUGCACCCGAGCAUCCGCGGACGCGUCACUGGUCUGCAACAGUUCAUGCUUGGUAUUGGUGCCUUGAUUGCUGGCUGGACCACCUAUGGCACCCACAUCGGCCUGAGUGACAGUGCCCAGUGGCGCGUUCCCCUGGGUAUCCAGAUGCUCCCUGCCGCUAUCCUCGCUCCUCUGAUCCUGCUCUUCCCCGAAUCCCCUCGCUGGCUCCUCGACCACGACCGCGCCGAGGAGGGUCUCAGGGCAUUGGCCAGACUUCAUGCUCGUGGCGACACCUCCGAUGCUUGGGUCCAGGCCGAGUACGCCCAGAUCCAGGAGGCCAUCACCUUCGAGCAUGACCACGAGGCCAAGAGCUACAAGGAGCUGUUUGUCAACAAGUCCUCCUUCCGCCGUCUAUUGAUCGCCUGUGCGCUCCAAGCCGCCACACAGAUGACUGGUGUUUCAGCCAUCCAGUACUUCUCCCCAACCAUCUUCAAGCAGAUUGGCAUCAACACCGACGACACCCUCAAGUACCAGGCCAUCAGCAGUGUGCUCGCCCUUAUUGCUCAGGCCACCUGCAUGGCCACCAUUGACAAGUUCGGGCGUCGCUGGGUCGUUAUCAACGGCAUGCUGUUCAACGGCCUCAUGUUCCUCAUUGCCACCAUCCUCCUGGCCAAGUUUCCUCCCGAGACCAAUUCUGCCGGCACUGCCGGCUGGGGUUUCAUCAUUGUUACCUGGCUCUACAACAUCUCGUUCUCGUAUGCGACCGGCCCGCUGUCCUGGAUCGUACCCGCCGAGAUUUUCGACACGCACACCCGGUCCAAGGGCGUCUCGAUCGCGACCAUGACCUCGUUCGCCUUCAACACCAUGAUCGGCCAGGUCACCGACAUUGCCAUGAAGGCCGUCGGCUGGCGCUUCUUCAUCCUCUUCAUCGUGUGCAACUUCACCAACGCCCUCUUCUUCUUCCUCGUCCUCCCCGAGACCAAGAAGCUGCCCCUCGAGGAGAUGAACUACCUCUUCACAAACGCCCCCUGGCUCGUCCCGGGCACCGACAAGGCCAGCUACUCGGCCGGCCUGGCCGCCGACAUUGAGAGGCGCGCCGCCGAGGUCCGCGAGAAGCGCGAGCCCACUGCCGACGUGUCGCACAUCAAUUAAGGUGUCUUUCUCUCUGCUGAAGUUGUUUUCGCGUCCGGCUUUUGGUAAUUUUUCCGGGGUCUACUGCAAGCACAUGUCGCCGGAGGUGGGUCAAUACGCAAGAGAAGAGUCCGUCUGGCGCGGUUUGUCGUUCCAGUGUGGAGAGACGGGCGUGUGUGUGUGUGUGUGUGUGUGUAUACACAGCGACGCUCUGUGCUCGCCGUGGAGGCUCUCUUGUGGAAGCCACCUCACUGCUACAUUACCCCGGGUGGAUGAGAACGAGAGCAAAGACAAAUCCAGCCACACACAUCGCUGCUGUUGUUGUUAUACCUCGGCGCUGCCAUAGCAUAGCUUUAGAUGAAACAAUAUCAGUGUAAUAGAAGCAA